AUGAUCAAUCGACAAUUGGUCAACAAUAAUACGAAAUGUGGGGUGGUGCAAAGUUCGGAAAUGUUGUCAUCAGAUUAUUUAGCAACUAUUGAUCAACAGUUCAAUGGGGCAACUAACGACAUUCAGGACGAACCGAUUGAUCUUACAAAGGAUUUGUUGAAUUAUAUGGAAAGUGAAUGGGACAAUUUGGAAGGGUAUGAUUAUUUUAUAGAUGUAGUUGUUAUAGCAGCACGGUGUUGUGAAAACAGACGGACACGGUCUUGGGGUGAGCCUCACUAUCAGCUAAGAAACGGACCUCACCGCAGAAAUGGUCCCAGAAAUGGUGAUCUCCUUAAUGCGAUUCUUCAUUUCGAAUCGGUCAUCCAUGAAAAUCCAUCGAAUUCGCAGGCGUGGUAUAUGCUAGGUCUAUGUCAAGCUGAAAAUGAACGAGAUCUACAAGCAAUUGCAGCAUUCAAAAAAUCGAUCCAAAUCGACCCCAAAAACGCAGAGGCGAUACUAGCACUGUCAGUGUCCUAUGCAAAUGAGUCAAUGCCAAACGAAUCGUUGAGACUGUUAGAUGAAUGGUUAUCAGUACAUCCAAUAUAUGGACAUGAUAAUGCAGAUCGCAUCUCUAUCAGCAACACCAAAUCGUAUUCACUGGAUGAAAACCACUUUAAAAAGGUAGAAGAGCGAUUUAUGAAAGCAGUGCAGAAACAGUCAGAAUCAGUUGAUGUUCAGCUGCAGAAUGCGUUAUCAAUUUUGUACAAUCUGAAUGAAAAUUAUCAACGUGCCAUUGAUUCAUUGAAUAUUGCUCUAUCUAUUGAACCUGAUGUUAGUUAUUGUUAUUGUCAUUAUUAUUAUUAUUGGUAUUAUUAUUAUUAUUAUUAUUAUUAUUAUUAUUUAUCAUUGUUACACAGUACAAAAUUAGUUGAUGUAAUAGUAAAGUAA